AUGGAUCAAGUUUACCAAUAUACCGGCCUUAAACCUCUUCAUCUUUUGAUUACCUGCAGCAUCCCUCUCGUCUUUUACAUGAUUUACCAUUCCAUUUUCUUCCCACUCUUCCGUCACGAUCUCCGCAAAAUCCCAGGUCCAUUUCUCGCGAAAUUCACUAAUCUUUACCGGCUCCUACUAGUCCGCACCGGAGUCGCGCACGAACAUCACAUCCAGCUCCACGAUCACUACGGACCUUUCGUUCGGCUCGGACCAAAUAAUGUCUCUGUCAGCUGUCCAACAGCCAUCCCCAUCCUCUAUAAUACUCGGACACGUCACCCAAAGUCCGACUUCUACCCCGUAAUGGGCAAUGUGGCUCAUGGGAAAGUCGUACCUACAAUCUUCUCUACUCAAGAUGAAUCAGUCCAUGAGGCGAUGAAGCGCCCAAUUGCUCAGGUAUAUGCCAUGACGAAUCUUAAGACUUAUGAGCCGCUUGUGGAAAGUACCGAGGCUGUGUUGUUCGAUAAGUUGGAGAGGCUAGCGGAUGAGGGAAGGGUAUUUGACUUGGGUACAUGGCUUCAUUGGUUUGCGACUGAUGUUAUUAUGGAGCUUACAUUUGGGAGAAGAAUGGGUUUUUUGGACGGAGAGGAGGAUAUCGAUGGGAUUUUGGAAACCAUAGAGAAGAGGUUUCGGUAUGUUGCUAUUGUGAGUAUACUACCUCAUUUUCAAUAUUCUGCUGAAAGCGAUGAAUUACGGACUCACUAA